AUGAUAAUUUAUUCGGCGGCGGUGUGGCGCGGCCCGAAACCACCCCCCGCCCCUCCACCAGCCCCGCAGCUCCACGAACUGGAUCCCGGCGGUUUUUUGUGGGGCCCGAGGAUUAUGGUGUAUCGGGCUAAACGCACGUUAGUAAUGACAGCGUGGGCGACCGUUACACGUUUUGCUCGUAUGCGCGCGGGUUCAUUGAAUUCCGUCACGCAAACAAGUCGGCCGGGCCGUAUCAAUGUUUACCAACGCACCGUGGCCGUUAUCAGAUCGCGCGACGUGAGAAGUGUCGCCAGGAGUGGCCGCAUCAGGUUCAUGAACAUCUAUGCCAACGGAAAGGGCAACGGUUGG